AUGAUGAGAUUUUUGGGGAAAACCACUGAAUCGGCGGCGAGGAGCGGCGGAUCGAGCACCACGGAGGUGUGCGGCGUCGGCGACGAGGUUCUGUCGGCGUGGGAGCUCGUCAACGCGUCUCAGUCCGACGACGAGGAUCUGUACUCCUACGACAGCGAAGAGGCAAACAGCACAGCCGAUUCAGUUUCCGAAGACGAUCUGGAGCCGGUUCCUGCUGAAGUUGACGACGACGAAACAGACGUGGACGUGGAUGAGGAUGCACCGACGCCGCGCGAUUUCGUGUCAGCGAGUGAUGUACUCGCGAUUCAGGCGAUGUCGGUGUCUCCACCGAUGACUCUGCCGGUUGAGAUGACGCUUAAUUACGUGGUUCGUGAUUACGCGGAGGAGUACUGUGAUGAUGGUGUUGUGAAGGAUGUGGAGGGUGAUGGUGACGAUGAUGAUGUGGACGAUUACGAUUUUGAUGAUGAAUUGGUGCCAUGGAAGCUGAAGGGGAGGUUCGGGAAGCAGAGGAUAACGAAGAUGGGGAUAAGGAAGAUGGGGCAGAGGGGCGGACCGAAGCUCACAGCGAAGAAGCUGCCUUAUUAUGUUAACAUGCCUGGUUUCGCGCACGGGAAGCUUCGUUAG